AUGUCAGAUGUUCGACUUUCCAGCGGGAGCCCGACGUUGGAGCGGAGCGAGUCGCGUUUGUCAGUGCACCCGAAGCCGUCAGCAUGCCGCAACCUCUUCGGCUCGGUGGACCAUGACGAGCUCCGGCGGGAUUUAAAAGAACACCUGCGGGAGUUGGAGGAGGCCGCCGCGGCUAAGUGGAGCUUCGACUUCGCCUCGGACGACCCGCUGGAAAACGACGGCGGGCUCCGCUGGGAGCUGGUGGACUGUCGCGACGUGCCGGACUUCUAUACUCGCCCGCCGCGGACGGGGCGGGGGGCUACGGGCUAUAACGGUGUGGAUGUAAACGGGAACCACCGCUGUGUUGUCGUGCCGCCAGCGGACGAGCGAACCGGUGGGCCGACGUCAUGCCCGGAGCAGUGCACCCCAGCUAGAAAGCGACCUGCGUGUCCCGAGCCCUCAACGCAGAGUAAGAGGUCGCACAGCAGCCCGAGUGAGUGUCCGAACCGGAGCCGCUCUUCCGAACACACGCCCAGAAAGAGCAGCGGAAGCCCGGGGAGACAAACGUGA